GAAAUUGAAAAUGAGCAGGCAAAAAAAUAGAGGGUCUGAAGUGGCAGCUGAGGAAGUAAAAGACUUGUUGGAUAAAGAGCAGCUCUGUCUUCUGAAAGCAAAGGCAAUGAUCCAGCAACAAAUGAAAGUGCUUCAGGCAGAAGCAGCUACGAUACAGAGGCUGAUCAGUGUGCAGGAGCAGCCCAGGUCAUCUGACGGAGAGACUGUUGUCCCUGUAACUCAGGGAAUAGACCAAGACCCUCCCUCAAAAGGACUGCCACAACUCAACCUGGCCGUCAUCAAUGAGCCAAAACAUGGCGGUGAUGGAGAAAUGGAGACUGACUCUGAGAGUGGGGAUGACUGAACACAAUUUCACUAGAAGACCCAGAGUGCUGAAUUGUAACACGUAACUUGGACUUCAUUCUCAAUCCAUCAAAUUUCAUAAUUAUAUAUUAUUAUAAUUAUAUGGCCAGUUGUUUGUCUUCAUCCUGUCAGGUCAUAAUUAUAGUCAUAAUAAUAUUAUUAUUAUUAUAUAUUAUACAAUAACAUGCAAUCUAA